AUGGGUAAAACUCAGAAGAAGAAUAGUAAAGGUCGUUUGGAUAGGUACUAUUAUCUUGCUAAGGAAAAAGGUUACCGUGCUCGUUCUUCUUUCAAAAUCAUCCAAAUAAAUGAAAAGUUUGGACAUUUCUUGGAGAAAUCCAAGGUAGUGAUUGAUUUAUGUGCUGCACCAGGUUCGUGGUGCCAGGUAGCUUCAAAACUCUGCCCAAUCAACUCUUUGAUUGUAGGUGUUGAUAUUGUUCCCAUGAAGCCAAUUCCAAAUGUAACUCUUUUUCAAAGUGAUAUUACCACUGAGGAUUGUCGUUCCAAGCUAAGGGGAUAUAUGAAAACAUGGAAAGCUGAUACAGUUCUACACGAUGGUGCUCCUAACGUGGGUCUUGGCUGGGUCCAAGAUGCUUUUACACAAUCACAGUUGACUUUACAAGCCCUGAAAUUAGCCGUUGAAAAUUUGGUAGUGAAUGGUACUUUCGUUACUAAAAUUUUCAGAUCUAAAGACUAUAAUAAAUUGAUGUGGGUUUUUCAACAGCUUUUUGAUAAAGUUGAAGCUACGAAACCACCAGCGUCUAGAAAUGUGUCUGCUGAAAUAUUCGUUGUCUGCAAGGGUUUCAAGGCACCAAAAAGGUUAGAUCCAAGACUGUUAGAUCCUAAGGAGGUGUUUGAAGAACUACCAGAUGGUCCUCAGAAUAUGGAAUCAAAGGUUUUUAAUCCGGAGAAAAAAGUUAGAAAAAGACAAGGUUACGAAGAAGGCGAUACCUUAUUAUAUCAUGAAAUGCCAAUUAUGGAUUUUGUCAAAACUGAUGAUCCAAUUACUAUGUUGGGUAAAAUGAACAGGCUAACUGUGGAUGAAGGUGACCAUGAGUGGAAGAUUGUGAAAAAACUGAAACAAACUACCUCAGAAUUUCUGGAGUGUAUCAAAGAUUUAAAAGUACUAGGCAGAUCUGAUUUCAAAAUGCUUUUAAAGUGGAAAAAAGCUGCUGCUGAAAUUUUAGACUACGGUAAGGAAGAAGUGAAGACAGAGAUUGAGACUACUCCUUUAACAGAAGAUGAGCAGAUAGAGAAGGAGUUACAGGAGCUACAAGCUAAACAACGUCUAAACCAGAAGAGAGAAAAGAGGAAGAAGAACGAGGUUAAACAGAAGGAGCUAACCAGAAUGCAAAUGAAUAUGCUUACCCCUGCUGACAUUGGUAUUGAAGCUGCUGAUAUUGGUAGAGAUUCUAUUUUCAAUUUGAAAACAGCCGAAAAGACAGGCAUUCUUGACAAAUUAGCAAAGGGUAAGAAAAGAAUGAUUUUCAAUGAAGAUGCAACACAAAAUGAUGAUAUUCACAUCGACGAGGAUGCUCCUCCACAGGAUAGAGAUGAUGCUGCUGAAGCUAAUGACUUAGAAGCUGAACUAGACGCAAUGUACGAAAACUACAAGACGAAUAAGGCUGAGAGAAAUGCUAGGUUCAGAGCCAAAAUGGCUCGUGGAGGAGAUCAAGAAGAUGAGUGGACAGGUUUCGCUGAAAAAGUCGAUGUGCAAGAUCAAGACGAAGGAAACGUGCAUACCUAUGACGACGAAGAUUCCGAACAGGAAUCGGAUGGCGAUGAAGCUAUAACCAGUUUGAUAAGCAAACUCAAGGGCAAGUCAGGCGACAGCAAACUAAGCAAUAAAGCUAGAAUGCUCUUCAAUGAUCCUAUCUUUGAAAAUGUUGAACCUGAUUUAUUAAAAGUAAGACCAAGCGCACCAGCGGCCUCAGACGAAUCCAGUGUACCAGCCAAAAGAAAACAUGUUGAUUUGGAAGAGAAAGAGGAGGAAAGCAGUGACGACGAAGAUAACAGUUCAGAUAGCUCUGAUUUUGAACUUGUAGCGAAUGAGGAAUCCGAACAGGAGGGAUUCUCUUCGGAUUAUGACUCUGAAGAAGAAAAAUCCCACAUUAGUAAGCAAAAGCAUUCGAAAGAGGUAGAUAUUGCAACUGUGGAGGCCAUGACUCUUGCGCAUCAGUUAGCGUUAGGUCAAAAGACCAAACACGAUUUGGUCGAUGAAGGUUUUAAUAGAUACUCUUUCCGCGAUUCUGAGAAUUUACCUGCAUGGUUUACAGAAGAAGAAAGGAAUCAUUCGAAGAUCAACAAGCCAAUCACGAAGGAGGCUGCAAUGGCUCUAAAGGAAAAGAUGAAGACUUUAAAUGCAAGACCUAUCAAAAAGGUUGCUGAAGCAAAAGCCAGAAAAAAGAUGCGUUCUUUGGCCCGUCUGGAAAAGAUCAAAAAGAAAGCAGGAUUAAUUGUCGAUGAUAAUGAUAAAUCAGAGAAGGAUAAGUCCGAAGAGAUUGCAAAAUUGAUGCGUAAAGUUACCAAAAAGCCGAAGACUAAGCCUAAAGUUACUCUUGUUUACGCAAGUGGCAAAAAUAAGGGAUUGUCAGGUAGGCCCAAGGGUAUAAAGGGUAAAUAUAAAAUGGUGGACGGUGUCAUGAAGAAUGAACAGAGGGCAUUGAGAAGGAUAGCUAAAAAACACCACAAAAAGAAAUAA